AACUCCAAAACGAGGCUUCGUUUAUAAAUGGCGGAUACUGCACGAGGGGACUCGGAUGCAAGCAAGAGCAACUUUCCGGGAUCCUCAGGGAAUGUCUCAACAAAAAUCCACACAAAAUGCAUGCAGCGCGCAGAAAAAUCGUGCAGAUCAGAUCCGUAUGUCAAAUUCAUGAUACAGGCAAUGGAGAAGCUAGGCUGCAAUUUUAUACUAGAGAAACAUGUAACAUGUGAGCCAUGUGGAGACAAAGUCAAUGGAGGAUUUGAUCCUGAGAGAAAACAGGUAGUUAUGUGUGAAAAUAACAUUUCCAGUCAAACAGUGAUGAACCAAGUGAUGACACAUGAGCUGAUUCAUGCAUUUGACGUAUGCAGGGUGCGGUACGAGAAGGACAAUCUCCGACAUCUUGCUUGCACAGAGAUACGUGCAGCAAAUUUGAGUGGAGACUGCUUUAUGUCUCGUGAAAUGUCCCGGUUUAAAUUUGGAUGGAAAGCACACCAACAGAAAUGCGUCAAAGAGAGAGCCGUUAAAAGCAUUCUUUGUGUCAGAGACGUGAGUGAAGAAGAAGCCAAUCAAAUAGUUGAAAGUGUGUUUGAACCUUGUUUUAAGGAUACUGAACCAUUUGAAAGAAUUCCGCCAUAGUAUUUAUGUACUUCAAAUAGCUAUUUGAUAGUAUAAUUUUAUAUUUGUUUAGUCGAUUGUCAUUUACGCAUGUUAAAAGAUCUGUGAAAUGUGAAAUCAAAAUGUGUCUGUUUUA